AUGUUAAGAUUUACAUAUUUCCUCGUGUGCUACACUCUUCUAAUCAACAGUUGUCAUGGUUACGGAAGUCCAUUUUAUGAAUCUGGUUACCGUCCAGGUCCUGGUUACGGUCCAGGUUCAGGCGGUAAACCAAAAUAUCGAUUUGAUAUAGCUAUCGCCAGUUUUGUGAAAGAACCAACUGUUGGCUCAGUAUGGUUUACACCACGAGGAGAUUUCAUGUACCUUAAUGGAAGUGUUGCUGGACUGCCUGCUGGAAAAUUAUUAGGUGUACAUGUACACCAGUAUGGAGGUCUUGGAAAUAAUUGUAAUGAUGCUGGUCCACAUUUCAAUCCAUUCAAACAGCGUCAUGGUGGACGAACAGGUUAUCCAAGACAUGCUGGUGAUCUGGGAAAUAUUCCAGUGGAUCGAAAUGGAGUCAUGCAUUUCAACCUUUAUGUCACUUUAAAGGGAUUAGGACCAUUUAAUGGAUUUAUUGGACGAGCUCUUGUUGUACACGAAAAUACUGAUGAUCUUGGCAUAUUUCCAGAUGAAGGAAGUAGAACAACAGGAAAUUCAGGUGGUAGAUUAGCAUGUGCUACAAUUGGAUAUCGUGCUCCAUAA